AUGGGCAAGGAGGACAUGCAGCUGUUUUGGGGGUCAGGAAGUGGACCCUGCUGGCGAGCAAUGAUUGCUCUGGAAGAAAAGGGAUUCGGAGACAUAGAAAAAACACACAUUAACUUCUCUGAAAAGGGUCAUAAAGGCCCCGACGUUAUGGCUUUAAAUCCAAGGGGUCAGAUUCCAACAUUCAAAGAUGGUGAUAUUGUCGUAAACGAGUCCAUGGCCAUAUGUCUUUAUCUAGAGCAAGCGUACCCUAAUAAUGGCAACAAACUUCUACCAACUGAAACAAAGGACUACGCCAAAGUGUUACAAAUGGCCAUAGAGGCGGAGAUGAACCUCCAUAUGAAGAUUAUAGUUAAUUGCGUAAACUAUCAUCGGAUAACUCCAGUCGACAGGCGAGAUGAGAAAACGGUCAAAAGUAACAUAAAAGCUGCAAAAGAAGAACUUGCAAUAUGGGAGCAACGAGUGAGCAAGUCAAACAGUGAUUAUGUUUGUGGAAUCAGUUUCACUCUAGUCGAUGUGGUACUCUUUACCUAUAUGGCCGGUUUGGUGCGCAUGGGCAGUACCCUCAGCGAUUUUCCGGCGCUCAAAGCUUACUACGAAAAGUUGUGCAAACGAAACAGCAUUGCGAAAUCAUGGCCGCCACAUUGGAAAGAUGGAGAAAUGGAACUCGAUAAAAAGUGCCUUACUGACAUUUGA